UGGAUGAUCAGGGGGACACCUGGGAAGAGGGGAAUGAUGAAACCAGACCCUGGAUGGGGGCAGCAGGGAUCAUGGAAACGAGGCCUCUUGAAGGGAGGCCACAAGACAUUUCCUAAUUUUGGCUACCAAACCAAUCAGGGAAAUCCCGCUAACGCCAGUUCACAAGAACACAGAAGAGCAGACUGCUAUUGCUUUGACCCCACGGCCAGAAAAGUUCAAAGAGCAAAGUUUACCCAAUCAGCUACCAGGCAUAUAAUGAUGGUCAUCACAACUUCCAUGAGUAUCGCAUUUUAAGCAGCCUUUGGAAAUACUUUCAGAGUUUUUUUUGUUUUGUUUUUUAAUCUCAAGUCACUCCCUAAAAAGAUAGUGGAAAUAAAUUUGAAUAAACAAAACAGGCUUGCUGAAAAUAAAAUCAGGACUCCUAACCUGCUCCAGUCAGCUUGCUUGCUUCCACGAGGCCUGUCAGUCAGUGCUCCACUUGUGACUGAGUGCGCGGUGCCCAGCAUGUACCAGGUGGUUGCAUUCUUGGCAAUGGUCAUGGGAACCCACACCUACAGCCACUGGCCCAGCUGCUGCCCCAGCAAAGGCCAGGACCCCUCUGAAGAGUUGCUGAGGUGGAACACUGUGCCUGUGCCUCCCCUAGAGCCUGCUAGCCUCGACCACCACCAAGAAUCCUGUAGGGCCAGUGAAGAUGGACCCCUCAACAGCAGGGCCAUCUCCCCCUGGAGAUAUGAGUUGGACAGAGACUUGAACCGGCUCCCCCAGGACCUGUACCACGCCCGUUGCCUGUGCCCACACUGCGUCAGCCUACAGACAGGCUCCCACAUGGACCCCCGGGGCAACUCGGAGCUGCUCUACCACAACCAGACUGUCUUCUACCGGCGGCCAUGCCAUGGCAAGAAGGGCACCCACAAGGGCUACUGUCUGGAGCGCAGGCUGUACCGUGUUUCCUUGGCUUGUGUGUGUGUGCGGCCCCGUGUGAUGGGCUAGCCGGACCUGCUGGAGGCUGGUCCCUUUUUGGGAAACCUGGAGCCAGGUGUACAACCACUUGCCAUGAAGGGCCAGGAUGCCCAGAUGCUUGGCCCCUGUGAAGUGCCGUCUGGAGCAGCAGGAUCCCGGGACAGGAUGGGGGGCUUUGGGGAAAACCUACACUUCUGCACAUUUUGAAAAGAGCAGCUGCUGCUUACCGCCGCUGGAAGCUGGUGUCCUGUCAUUUUCUCCCAGGAAAGGUUUUCAAAGUUCUGCCCAUUUCUGGAGGCCACCACUCCUGUCUCUUCCUCUCUUCCCAUCCCCUGCUACCCUGGCCCAGCACAGGCACUUUCUAGAUAUUUCCCCCUUGCCGGAGAAGAAAGAGCCCCUCGUUUUAUUUGUUUGUUUGUUUACUCAUCACUCAUUGAGCAUCUACUUUGGGUGCAUUCUAGUGUAGUUACCAGUCUUUUGACAUGGAUGAUUCUGAAGAGGAAGCUGUUAUCGAAUGUAUAGAGAUUUAUCCAAAUAAAUAUCUUUAUUUAAAAAUG